AUGGCGAGCUCUGCGAGUAGGUUUCCGAAAACGUCGGAUGCGCCGGGCGAACAGUUCGAGCCACGACAGACGGCUACUAGCGAGGACUACACUCCCGAUCCUGCAAAAUCAUUGCAGCUGAGUCCAGCGCGGCAGCGACUUGUGGAUGACAUCAUUGCAUUGUACAGCUGCCAACCAACAGUGGAGAGGGUGAACAGGUAUACACCAGACUGUGUAUACGAUGACCAGUUCGUGUACGCCAACGAUCGGUAUAAAAUGGCGGGACAGUGGUUCGCCUUACCUAAGUUAUUUAAGGCCAGCAUCAACGAGAGCUAUCAAGUUAUCCGUUCCGACGAUGAGAUGAUCCAAUUUAAGAACAAGCAGUCCUGGACAUUCCGCCUCAUACCCAAAACUGCGACCAUCACCGGCUUGGUCUCGCUAUCCUUGGAUCCUACCACCAAGGACUCUGACUUUAUGCAAAUCAAAUAUCAUAAGGACCAGGCCAACGACAAAGACUACAGUCAUGAAGGCUUGGGAUUCAGCUUCAAGAAGUGGCAGGCUGAUAAUGUCGUCAAGCACAUGGAUGCGCCAGAGUUGAAGGAGUUUGAGCAGGAUAAAAACGCGGCCAAAGAACACGUGCGGAAAUAUGGCACGGGCACGGAGGGUGCAGCACCAAAAAAGGACUUUACGACUUAG